AUGUCCUCGUCAACCGUCUACCAGGCCACCUGCUCGGCACCCGUCAACAUCGCCGUCAUCAAGUACUGGGGCAAGAAGGACACUACGCUCAUCCUUCCCACCAACGACAGUCUCUCCGUCACGCUCGACCAGGACCACUUGCGGUCCGUCACUACCGCUCGUGCCGAUGCGAGCUUCAAAUCUGGCGACCGUCUCUGGCUCAACGGCGAAGAGGAGACCAUCAAGGCCGAGGGCCGUCUUCGCAGAUGCAUCGACGAGAUGAAGAAGCUCCGACAGGCGAAAGAGUCCAAUGACAGCACCCUGCCCAAGCUCUCCGAAUGGACUGUCCAUGUCUGCUCCGAGAACAACUUCCCUACUGCCGCUGGCCUUGCUUCGUCCGCCUCUGGCUUUGCUGCCCUCAUCGCCUCCCUCGCAGCGCUGUACGAGCUGCAACCGGAAGUGUCGAGCUCGGAGCUCUCGCGCAUCGCUCGUCAGGGCAGUGGUUCCGCCUGCCGCUCGCUUUUUGGCGGCUACGUGGCCUGGCAGGGAGGCGAAGACGCAUCCGGUCAGGACAGUCUGGCCGUCGAGGUCGCACCUCAGUCGCACUGGCCCGACCUCCAGGCGCUCAUCUGCGUUGUCAGCGAUGCCAAGAAGGGCACUCCUUCCACCGCCGGUAUGCAACGCACCGUCGCAACCUCGCCGCUCUUGCAACACCGCAUCAAGCACGUCGUGCCCGAGCGCAUGACCAAGAUCUCGCAAGCCAUUCAGAAGCGCGACUUUGACACCUUUGCCGAAAUCACCAUGGCUGACUCGAACAACUUCCACGCCUGCUGCCUCGACACUGCGCCGCCCAUCUUCUACAUGAACGAUGUUAGCCGCGCCAUCGUGCAGCUCGUCGAGGAGCUCAACCGCGCCAACGAGGCGGAGGGCAAGGGCAAGCUGGCUGCCUACACGUACGACGCUGGACCGAACGCCGUGCUCUACGCUCCCAAAGCCAACAUUGCGACCAUCCUGCAGACCAUCCGCCACUACUUCCCGAAUGCUGACUUUGACGACACUUUCGACCUCCUCGGCAAAGGCGUCAACGCAUCGCAUCGGGGCGCGCAAGAGGCGCUCGGUCUGCCCUCGUCGCUGCCCACCUCGUUCAACGCCAACGUCAUCCCCGUGCACGAGGCCGGUGCGGUCCGCCGACUCAUCCACACGCAGGUCGGCGAUGGGCCGCGCGUGCUCGAGCGUGGCGCGGGCAAGGAGUCGCUGCUCAACGACAACGGCGAGCCCAUCCGUCUGCAGCGUGCCAAGCGCGCAUAG